AUGUCGUUAGAUAAAGAUCUGUCAUCGGAACGACCAGAAUCCAAAAGGCAGAAGAAAGAACCCUCGUUUUCAUUGUUGUCUCCUGAUAACUGCGGUCACUGGUACAUUUGUUAUGGAGGCUGCACCGUCUGCAGAUCAAAGGUGGACAAAAAUAGCCAGGGCCGAGCACUCGACUAUCAUUUCGACGGUUUACAGCUAAGCCAAGAGGCUUUAGCGUUAACAAAGCGUCUCACAACGAACUUCUCUUGUCUCAGCAUGAAGAAGCUUCACCUUGUUCUUGACUUGGACCACACGCUUAUUCACUCCGUUAGGGUUCGAUGUCUCUCCGAAGCAGAGAAGUAUCUCAUCGAAGAAGCGGGUUCAACUACAAGGGAAGAUCUGUGGAAGAUGAAGGUCAGAGGAGAUCCCAUACCAGCCAUAACCAUCGAAUACUUACUGAAGCUACGGCCUUUUGUUGGCGAUUUCUUGAAAGAAGCCAACGAGCUGUUCACAAUGUAUGUUUACACAAAAGGUACUCGGGAUUACGCUGAAGCCAUUUUGAAGCUGAUUGAUCCGAAUAAGCUUUAUUUUGGGCAUAGAGUGAUAACAAGAAACGAGAGUCCUGAUAAGAAGACACUUGAUUUGGUUCUGGCUGAUGAACGUGGGGUGGUGAUUGUGGAUGAUACGCGUAAAGUUUGGCCCAAUCAUAAGCGUAACCUAUCGGAGAUUAGCAGGUACAAGUAUUUCAGAUACGAAGGUGAAGAGUCAAAGCCUCACUCUGAGGAGAAGACAGACGAGAGUGAAAGUAGCGGUGGAUUGGCUGAUGUUUUAAGCUUACUCAAGGAAGUUCACAGUAGAUUCUUUAGGGUCGAGGAAGAGUUGGAGUCAAUGGACGUCAGGUUAAUCAUGUCCGUUGUUAAAAAGCAUUCUUCGGAACCACAAGCCAAAAGGCGAAAGAUCGAACCAAAGACUAACGAGUCACCGUUAUCGUUAUCCUCUUCUAGUAGCUGUGGUCACGGGUACGCACUUCAUGGAAUCUGCAUCGCCUGCAAAUCAACAAUUGACAAAAGGCAAGGCCGAGCGUUCGAUUAUAUUUUCCAAGGUUUACAGCUUAGCCACGAAGCUGUGGCGUUAACCAAGUGCUUAACAAUGAAGUUAUCUUGUCUCAACGAGAAGAAGCUUCACCUUGUACUCGACUUGGACCACACGCUUCUCCACACUAAAGAGGUUCCGCGUCUCUCCGAAGCAGAGAAGUAUCUACUCGAAGAAGCAGGUUCAACGAAGAGGGACGAUCUAUGGAAAAUCAAAGCCUCAGGAGAUCCCAUGGAAUUUUUGACAAAGCUAAGGCCUUUUGUUCGCGACUUCUUGAAAGAAGCAAACGAGAUGUUCACCAUGUAUGUUUACACAAACGGUAGUCGCGUAUAUGCUAAGCAAAUUUUGGAGGUGAUUGAUCCGAAGAAACUCUAUUUUGGGGAUAGAGUGAUAACAAAAGAAGAGAGUCCUCAUAUGAAGACGCUUGAUUUGGUUUUGGCUGAGGAGCGUGGGGUGGUGAUUGUGGAUGAUACGCGUAAAGUUUGGCCUUAUCACAAGAGUAACCUAGUUAAUAUUAGCAAGUACUCCUAUUUCAGACCCAAAGGCCAAGAGUCAAAGCCUUACUCUGAGGGGAAGACAGACGAGAGUGAAAGCAACGGUGGAUUGGCGAAUGUUUUGAAGUUACUCAAGGAAGUUCACCGUAGGUUCUUCAGAGUCGAGGUUGAGGACGAGUUGGAGGCGAAGGACGUUAGAUCGUUGCUACAAGAAAUAGACUUCGAAUUCAACGAAGAAUCUGUAGAAUGA